AUGAUUGGCCCGAGAGAAGGGCCAUUGAUGAGGAACGAUACUCAGUCUCUGCGCAAAUCAAGAGUCUUAAUCGCUGUAGCGAUCGGAGUCGUUAUUGGUUGUGUCUUCGCUUUCUUAUUCCCCAAUAGGCUCUUCGUUUUGAACAAUGCCCCUAAUCGCAGUCAUGGUACCGCAGCAUAUGAGACCCAGACAAAUUCAGCUGCUUGUGAAUCAUCAGACCGGAUCAGCAUGUUGAAAUCAGAGUUAGUUGCGGCAUCAGAGAAAAAUUCUGAGCUGAAGAAACAAGUAAGGGAAUUGACCGAAAGGCUUCGGCUUGCAGAGCAAGGGAAAGAUCAGGCUCAUAAGCAGUUUCUUACAUUGGGUAAACAGCGUAAAGCUGGGCCUUUUGGUACUGUCAAGGGAUUAAGAACCAACCCUCCGGUAGUUCCUGAUGAAUCCGUGAACCCAAGAUUGGCAAAGAUAUUGGAGAAAGUUGCAGUUCAUAGAGAACUUAUAGUGGCAGUUGCAAACUCCAAUGUGAUGGAAAUGCUGGAGGUCUGGUUUGCCAACAUUAAGAGAGUUGGUAUACCCAAUUAUCUUGUGGUUGCUCUGGAUGAAGAAACUGCCAAGUUUUGUGAAUCAAGUCAAGUUCCAGUGUACAAGAGAGACCCGGAUGAAAAUAUUGAUUCUAUUGGAAGAACUGGAAGCAAUCAUGCUGUUUCCGGGCUUAAAUUUCGUAUCCUAAGAGAAUUUCUACAGUUGGGGUAUAGUGUUCUUCUGUCAGAUGUUGACAUUGUAUAUUUACAGAACCCUUUUGAUCAUCUGUUCCGAGAUUCAGAUGUAGAGUCCAUGAGCGAUGGUCAUGAUAACAUGACAGCUUACGGAUUUAAUCAUGUGUUCGAUGAACCUGCAAUGGGUUGGGCGAGAUAUGCUCAUACUAUGAGGAUAUGGGUUUACAAUUCUGGUUUCUUCUAUAUCAGACCAACAAUCCCUUCAAUUGAGCUUUUGGAUCGUGUGGCAAUUCGACUUUCCAUGGCGCCAAAUUCUUGGGACCAAGCUGUUUUCAAUGAGGAACUGUUUAAACCGUCAUAUCCUGGCUAUAUUGGGCUUCAUGCGGCCAGAAGAACUAUGAAUAUAUAUCUCUUUAUGAACAGCAAGGUUCUGUUCAAGACUGUGAGGAAUGAUGCUAAACUCAGCAAAAUUAAACCAGUGAUUAUUCAUGUAAAUUAUCACCCAGACAAGCUUCCCCGAAUGAGAGCAAUAGUUGAAUACUAUGUCAAUGGAAAGCAAGAUGCUCUAAGGCCUUUUCCUGAAGGUUCUGAAUGGUGAUAUUACUUUUCCGCAGGUUAGGCACUCUCUUCUGGCCUCUUGACUGAUUCGUUCUGCAGUUUCCAUUUUUCCAAACGAGUUUACAGAGGAUCGUUUAAAUCACAUAUGUAGGUUAAAACAAAUCUUUUUUAUGAGCACAAUGGGUUAUAUAAUUUGGCUCUUCUUUUUGUUGGGUGCUGGCAAGAAAGGUAAUUCUUUGGCGUAGCUUCAAAGUCCUAGCAUCGCGUUAAACUGAACCUUUUUUU